CCUGCGCCUUUGCACUCCGAAAAAGCAAAACCAUCCAUCAAAAACUUCCCCACCUUAAAUUUGACUUCCUCUCAACACUCACUCCUCCAUUGCUCAUGUCUCAUCACUAAUUCAUCCACCAUUUUCUAGCUAGCAGCAUGGACCUCCUCCUCCCCACCACCACCACCAUUAUCAUCUUCUUCUUCAUCAUCCUCUCCGCCACCGCCACCACUCCUCCUCCCCAACUCCUCUCUCUCCUCUCCAUCAAAUCCUCCUUCAAAGACCCCCACAACACAUUCCGCGACUGGGAUGGCUCCACCGGCAGCUGGUGCUCCUGGUCCGGCGUCCAAUGCAACCACAAAACAUCCCAAGUCACCGCCCUCGACUUGUCUGGACGGAACCUCUCCGGCGCCGUGUCACCCGACAUCAGACAUCUGUCGCAUUUGCAUCACUUGAAUUUGAGCAGGAAUUCCCUAGAUGGUCCGCUCCCAACCCCCAUUUUUGAACUGCCUAAUCUUCGGACGCUCGAUUUGAAUCACAACCUCUUCAACUCAACCUUCCCACCCGGUGUCUCCAACCUCAAAUCUCUCACUUACUUCAGCGCUUACAGCAACAACUUCAUCGGCCCUCUCCCCCAAGACUUCAUCCACCUCCCCAAUCUCGACACUCUCAACCUCGGCGGCUGCUAUUUCGACGGCGCAAUCCCCGCCAGUUAUGGCAGGUUUCCCAAUCUCAAGUAUUUACACUUGCAUGGGAAUCUACUCACAGGCACAAUUCCAAUCGAAUUAGGCUCACUCACUCAACUCCAGCACAUGGAAAUCGGGUACAACCAGUACGACGGCGGAUUGCCGCCGGAAAUUUCAGGUCUCUCCAGCUUACUCUAUCUGAGUAUCGCAUCAGCAAAUCUCUCCGGCAGCAUCCCGCCUGAGAUAGGCCGCUUGUCGAAGCUCGACACUCUGAUUCUCUUCGGCAACCACCUAUCGGGAUCAAUCCCGGAGAGCUUAGGUGAAAUGGAGAGUCUGCAGCUUCUUGAUUUAUCGGAUAAUAAACUGACAGGGGAGAUCCCGAGCGGAAUCUCGUCACUGCUGGCGCUGAAAAUUGUGUCAUUAAUGAACAACAAUCUGACAGGCCGAGUUCCAGAUGGGAUUGGUGAGCUUCCGAAUCUCGAGAUUUUGAAUCUCUGGAACAAUUCUCUAACGGGAAAUCUACCUCAAAAGCUAGGCUCCAACGCCAAGUUACUGCGCCUCGACGUGUCCUCCAAUUCCCUGUGGGGCCCAAUCCCCUCCAAUCUCUGCCUCGGUAAUAAGCUCCUCAGGCUCGUGCUCUUCUCUAACCACUUUACUGGUGCCAUUCCUUCAUCUUUACCAAACUGCACCGCGCUCUCGCGUGUAAGGAUUCACGACAACAACCUCAACGGCUCGAUUCCGGUGGGGUUUGGAUCCUUGCCGAAUCUCAGUUUCAUCGAGUUAGGCAAGAAUCAAUUAUCCGGCCCCAUACCGAGAGAUCUCGGCGAUGCAGCGAAAUUGGAGUUCUUGGAUAUAUCAGGGAACUCGUUCGAUUCCGAGCUCCCUGACAACAUAUGGAACUCGCCGAGAUUGAAUAUUCUACUGGCGAGUUCCUCCAAACUGAUUGGUAAAAUCCCUGAUUUUGUUGGGUGCAGGAGUUUCUACAGGAUAGAGCUGGACGGCAACAAUCUCACCGGCAGCAUCCCGUGGGAUAUCAGCCACUGUAUGAAGCUCAUCAGUCUGAAUCUGCGUGGGAAUUCCUUAACAGGAAUCAUCCCAUGGGAGAUCUCAAUCCUCCCUUCCAUCACAAAUGUUGAUCUCUCAAACAAUCUCCUCACCGGCACCAUUCCUUCCAAUUUCAACAACUGCACUACACUCGAAACCUUCAACGUCUCCUUCAACCUCCUCACCGGUCCCAUCCCGUCCGCAGGGUUCGUCUUUCCGAGUCUCCAUGCUUCUUCUUUCGCCGGAAACGAAGGGCUAUGCGGCAAGGUUUUAAACAAACCUUGCCGGAUAGACGGGGUCGCCUCCGGCGACGGGGAGGCAGCCCGCCACCAGCCGAAGAAGACUGCCGGAGCCAUCGUGUGGAUCAUGGCGGCGGCGUUCGGGAUAGGCCUGUUCAUUCUUAUCGCCGGCACGCGAUGCUUCCAGGCCAAAUACGGCGAGAGGUUGUCGAACCAGGAGGCGGGGCCGUGGAAGCUGACGGCGUUCCAGAGGCUGAAUUUCACGGCGGAGAAUGUUCUGGAGAGCCUGAAGGCGAGCGACCAGAUAAUCGGGGUGGGGGCGGCGGGGGCGGUGUACAAGGCGAAGAUGCCGGGAGGGGAGAUCAUCGCGGUGAAGAAGCUGUGGGUGAAGAACAAGGAGGCGGUGAGGAAGAGGCGGGACGGAGGCGGGGUGCUGGCGGAGGUGGAGGUGCUGGGGAAUGUGAGGCAUCGGAACAUCGUGCGGCUGCUGGGCUGCUGCACCAACAACCAGUGCACGAUGCUGCUGUAUGAAUACAUGCCUAAUGGGAGCCUCGACGAUCUGCUGCAUGGGAAGGAGACGUUGGCGGCGGAUUGGUUCACCAGAUACAAGGUUGCUUUGGGGGUGGCUCAGGGGAUAUGCUACCUUCACCACGACUGCGAUCCGGUCAUCGUGCACCGUGACUUGAAGCCUAGUAACAUACUGCUGGACGCCGAGAUGGAGGCGCGUGUGGCCGAUUUCGGCGUCGCCAAGUUGAUUCAGAGCGAUGAGUCUAUGUCCGUUAUUGCUGGAUCAUACGGCUAUAUUGCCCCCGAAUAUGCUUACACAUUACAAGUGGAUGAGAAAAGUGAUAUUUACAGCUAUGGAGUGGUGCUGAUGGAAAUAUUAACCGGAAAGAGGUCGGUUGAAUCAGAAUUUGGCGAUGGGAAUUGUAUAGUUGACUGGAUAAAAUCAAAGAUUAGGAUGAAAAGUGAUGUAAAAGAUGUGUUUGACAAAAAUGCUGGUGCAUCUUGUGCUUCUGUGAGGGAGGAAAUGACGCUAGUGCUUAGGGUUGCAUUGCUGUGCACUAGCCGCAAUCCAGCUGACCGGCCCUCGAUGAGGGAUGUCGUCUCCAUGUUGCAAGAGGCCAAGCCCAAGCGGAAACUGCCCGAGAAUGGUGUUGGUGAUGUGGUUCUGGAUUUUUCGGAGACCAAGUACUAGAAUCAUUAUAUUUUUAUAUUUGUGUGUUUGUAAAGUUUUGUGAUUUUUUGCAAGAUUAUUUUGCAUUUUGAGUAGAAUUGUGGGGAUGGUAUAGAAGAAGAAAUUCUCUGGUGUUUGAAUUUCAUCAAUGAAAUGUUACCACUAAUAUUAUGGUUCUA